ACCCCCACAUAAAAUAAAUAACUACAUAAUUUUGUGUAGUAAAAAACACAUAUUAAAAUGUAUACAAAUACGUUUUUAAAAUUAUUUUUAACAAUUAUUAGUUUAAUAGUUUUAAUAAAUAAUGUUCAAAGUGACGAAUGCUUCAAAGCGCCAAAUGUUUGUCCCAAUGAAAAUGUAACAUUUUGGCUAUAUACAAGGAAUGAACAAAAUGGUAAAGAAAUAGAUAUACACAAUUUUAAAAAUUUAAAUAAACAAUUGCUAGACAAAGACAAAAGGAUAAAAAUUUUAAUUCAUGGCUUUAGAUCGAAUCGAAAUGAUGCUUUUAAUAUGGAAACACGUAAAGCACUCUUUCAAUUAGACGAUUUCUACGUAAUAUCCGUAAAUUGGACACCACUUACACAAAAUGGUUGCCGUGAAACAAGCUCAUUAAAUACACGUGUCGUUGGUAAUUGUACAGCGAAUUUCAUUGAGAAAAUUUUACAACAUGGUAUUUCAUUAGAAAAUAUUCACGUUAUUGGAUUUAGUUUAGGCGCUCAAACUGCGGGAUUUGUUACGCCAAAUUUAAAAGAUGGAAAGAAAGUAUAUAGAGUUACGGGUUUGGAUCCAACUUUACCUCAUUUCAAUACAACAGAUUUAUCUCAACGUUUAGACGCAUCCGAUGGAGUUUGUGUUGAUGUAAUUCAUACAGCAGCCGGUAUUAGAGGUCAAAUUGUACCAUCUGGAACUAUUGACUUUUAUAUGAAUGACGCCCAGGAUCAACCGGGUUGCAAAAAAGGCGAUCAAAAUGAAGAUAAUCCACAUAUAUGUAGUCAUAAACGAUCAUUCGAAUAUUUUGCUGAAAGUGUUAAUUCAAAGGUUGGAUUUGAUGGGCAUGAAUGUGAAUUUAAAGAUGAUUUGCCGCUAGUAAAUUGUGCUGAAGAAACAACUGUACCGGCUGGUUAUCAUACAUUUUGUGGCAAUAGUGGAGUAUAUCAAGUUAAUACAGCAGCAAAAUCACCAUUUGCUCUUGGAAAAAACGCAUGAUGUGUGGUGUGAAUUAAUAAGUGAUAAUUAAUAUUUUUGUAUGAUUUUUUACAAAAUUUUAUACAUGUUUAAAUA